AGAGCAGAGCAGAGCAGAGGAGGAGCUUUGGGUUUGAUCAAAAGCCAGCAAUUGCACGGGAGGAGGAGCAGGAACACGGAAAAAGAGCGUAGGGAAGAGGAGAAAGCAAGGAGAAGAGGGCAGCUGCCUGGGGAGGGAAGUGGGAGAGGAGGAGAGAAGGGCAAAAGGAGGCAGAGACAGUCUUGGGUCCAAAGAGAAAGACCAAGGAGGAGACAGGCUAGGAAAUGGCAUUGCUCCUUUGGCUGGGGUCCCAGCUGUCAUCCUACUUGAGCAACGUCUCUAUACUGGCAGUUUUUCUUACGGUCUUUACUUUAGUUCUUGACUUCACGAAGCGCAGGAGGAAGUGGAGCCGUUACCCGCCGGGCCCAACGUCGCUGCCGUUCAUUGGGACCAUGCUGUCUGUUGACUUCCAAAACCCCCACCUCUCCUUCAACAAGCUUCAAAAGCAGUUUGGAAAUGUCUUCAAUCUCCAGAACUGCUGGACCAACAUGGUGGUACUGAACGGGUAUAAAGCAGUGAAGGAAGCCCUGGUCCACAGAUCGGAGGACUUUGCUGACCGGCCAGAUGUGCCCAUAUACGAACAUCUGGGCUAUGGAAGUAAAGCUGAAGGAAUUGUUAUGGCGAGAUACGGACACGUCUGGAAGGAACUGAGGAGAUUCACGCUCUCUACCUUGAGGAACUUUGGGAUGGGAAAGAAAUCCUUGGAGGAGCGAGUGAAGGAGGAAGCGGGAUUUCUGUGCUCUGCAAUCAGUUCUGAAGAAGGUCGGCCUUUCGAUUUACGUUUUCUUGUAAACAAUGCAGUCUGCAAUGUUAUCUGCACCACCAUCUAUGGAAAGCGUUUCAACUACGGUGAUGAGACAUUCAAGAAGCUGUUACAUUUGUUUGAAAAAUUCCUGAAGGAAGGAUCUGGAUUCCUGACUCAGCUUCUUAACAUGGUGCCCACUUUGUUGCACAUCCCUGGACUGCUACAGAAAGUCUUUCGAGGGCAAAAGGAGUUCAUGGACUUCACAGACAUGUUCGUACAUAAGCACAUGGAGACUUGGAACCCUGCUUACACCCGAGAUUUCACCGAUGAGUUUUUAAAGGAAAUGAAGAAGGGCAAGGCUGCUGAAGAGAGCGGUUUCAACUAUAACAACCUUCGUCUGGUGACCGCAGACUUGUUUGGAGCUGGGACUGAGACCACCUCCACCACCCUCCGCUGGGCAGUUCUGUACAUGAUUCUCCACCCAGAAAUACAGAGUAAGGUCCAAGCAGAGAUUGAUAAGGUGAUUGGCAGAGAGAGAUCACCCACCAUGGAGGACCAAGUGAGCAUGCCCUACACCAGCGCUGUGAUCCAUGAAGUGCAACGCUGUGGAGAUGUCGUUCCCAUUGGAGUACCACAUAGGACAUACCGGGACACUGAGUUGCAAGGCUUCUUCAUUCCCAAGGGGACGACGAUCAUCACCAACUUGUCUUCCGUGCUGAAGGAUGAGACAGUCUGGGAGAAGCCAAAUGAGUUUUACCCCGAACACUUCCUGGAUACGAAUGGGAAGUUUGUGAAACCAGAGGCCUUCCUGCCCUUCUCAGCAGGUCGCCGUGUCUGCCUGGGGGAACAGCUGGCCAGGAUGGAGCUGUUUAUUUUCUUUACCACUCUCCUGCAGAAAUUCACCUUUGUUCUCCCUGAGGACCAGCCCAGGCCACGGGAGGAUGGUCACUUUGCCUUCAUAAGCUCCCCGCACCCGUACCUGGUGCGAGCAAUCCCAAGAUAAGUGCACAUCACUCUCCCUCCUCUUACAGACACCCACCAAAGCAAACCCUUGUCAGAAAUGUUGCAGGAUCAUCCCAGGUUCCACUCAAGAUCUCUCAAGUCUGCACAGAUGUCCCCAGCUCUGUAAAGUAAGGAUCUGGCCCAACAGAUAUAGUUUAGCUUCAUUCCAGUCCUGAAUCUUGAAUCAGACAGCCACAGCAAGUUACAAAUCAGGAUCAGCUUUCCAGUACAAAUAUGUCUCAUGGGCCAACUCUGCUUUACUUUGGGCUCUCAUCGGUGGCAGCAGCAGUUCACUGAGCUCACAGCUACUGAGAGAAUUGUUAGUCCUGAAUGACUUUACUGAAAUGCAAGCGUAUCCUGGGUAAAAGACAACCCUGGGGUCAUUUGUGAAAUACAGAAGCAACAUAUUCCAAAAGAAAUCCUGGUGUUUAGGUUUACCACCUUCCCAAACUAGGUCCCGAAAACUGCUUUUUUCUUUUUUGGCAUUACAUAAAGUCAGCUCUUGGGCAGGCCUGGAGCUCACAAAGGGACGGAGUUACACUGUUUGAGACAGCACAGCUGUAGAUUUCGGAGCUACCUUUCUCUUUCUUCCUUCAAUAUUCCUGACAAAUUGUUUUACAAGGUGUUAGGAUACAUAGAUAUUUAGAUUAGUAGUAACUACCAUUUAACCACAUAGCUGAAAAGACCACAGCAUAAAGGAGCUUCUAUGCAUAAUCACAGCUCAAGAAAUCCGCAUUCACAUCUAUCUUUCCAAUACCAGUUUUGGAAGCUAUGAAAGCUAUUGAAUUAUGCAAAUACUUAAUACCAUUGUUAAGAUUUUUACUUCAGUGGGAGCUGCACAUUUAUGCUUUUCAUCGAUAAAACAAUCCAAAAGAAUAAAAGUGAUCUGAAAAGU